AUGCUGUCCCUCUCAGAGCAGCUUCCCGUGUCCCUUAGCGCUGGUAGCCCCCUCCUCCUGCCCUCCUUCCUCCUCCCCCCGGGACAGUGCUCACUCCCCUGCCGUGGGGGAGAGGGGAAAGAAAAACCCUAGUAACGGGCACUCGUGGGUGAGCAAAACAGAUCCUGAUUGGCCCCAGCGCCACAGGGGGUCUCGUUUUACGCCACCGACAUCCCCGGUCCCCGGAGGUGGGCAGCAUCCCGGUUACUCCGAAAUCACGGAUAGGAAUCGAAUUGUUCAGUGCGUUUGGCUUAGUGAUACGUGUUGCGUGACCGCUUUUAUAGGCGUGUUUCUACCUGACAGGGACUGUAUUUUUUCCCCCCCUCUUUGUUUCCUGGUACAAAGUGAGCUCUGAAUAAACGCUUUUCGGUUGAAUGUAACUUCCAGAAGAGGGCUGGGGGGAAGGGAGGAGGAGGGGCGCGCGGGGCAACAGCCGUUGGAAUACAGUUCCCAGAAGGCCUGGGGCGAGACUCCGGUUUCCCAGAAUUCACCCCGCGAAAGAUCGGAUGCGCCUUUUCCCGAUGGAUUCUGGGAAUCAGAGUUCUUUCCUGACUAGGCGCAGGCGCAGUUCCAGGAUAGUAGGGAUUCUUGCCUGUCUUAGCGGUUUUGGCUUCUCAAGACUUUGAUGAAAAAGAAAAUCAAGGUGAUGAAGAACAUGGCUUCUGAGGGCCUAACAGCCUUGUCCCAUAAAUUGUUGACGUUGCAAGAUGUGGUUGUUGAUUUCACCCAAGAGGAAUGGAGCUUGUUGGAUCCUGCUGAGAAGGACCUUUUCUGGGAUGUGAUGCUUGAAAAUUAUGAGAACUUUGUCUCCCUUGCAUCUUUCCAAAAGUUUCCUCAUGAACAAGGACUUCCAGACUCCAAACAACUUCUGAUUUCUCAGUUGGAAAGAGGAGAAGCACCUUGGCUACCAGUGGAAGAAGUGUUAAAAGGCAUUUAUAUGGAUCUUCUCCCUGAACACAAUACAUUUGGAUUGAAAUGCAAUUUGGGAUCAAUUCUUACUACACAACAGAAAAUUCCUGAAAAAAAUUGUGUCCAUGAACAUGACAGUUUUGGAAAGAGUUUUAAUCUGUUUUCAGAACAAAAUAGAGUCUCUUUAAGAGAAAAACUAUCUCAUGAUAAUAAAUGUAAAAAGCCCUUCAUUUAUCACUCAAAAUGUAUGUGUUACCAUAGGACAUAUCUUCAAGGAAAGUUCUCUAAAGAUGCUGAAGUUGGCAAAGACUUAAGCAUCAAUUCACAGGUUCCUGAAGCUCCAAGUAUAGAUAGUGGUGAGGAGAAAAUUUUUGAAUGUAAUGAGCAUGAAAAAGUUGACCACAAUAAACAAUACCUAACUGCACAUCAAACAAUCCAUGUUGGAGAGAAGCCCCAUAAAUGCAAAGAAUGUGAAAAAGUCUUUAGCUCCUGGAUAAAUCUUUUUCUACAUAAGAAAAUUCAUAGCGGAGAGAAAGCCCACUUAGGUAAUGAAGGUGGCAAAGCAUUUAAGCAGAAACGACACCUAAGAGUCCAUAAGAUGAUUUAUGCUGGACAGAAGCAUUAUGAAUGCAAUGUGUGUUUGAAAGCCUUCAGUAAUAAACACUACUUAGACCAACAUAAAAAAAUCCAUACUAGCAGUAUACUCUAUAAAUGUAAUCAUUGUGGGAAAGCUUUCUGCCAGGAAUCACACUUUAUUAAACAUAAGUUAACUCAUACUAAAGAAAGACCAUUUGAAUGUAAUGAAUGUGGAAAAGCUUUCAGCAAUAAACACUAUCUAAGCAAACAUCAAAAAAUUCAUAUUGGAGUCAAACCUUUCAAAUGUAAUGAAUGUGGAAAGGCAUUCAGCAGUAAUAGCUACCUAAUUCAGCAUAAAAAAAUUCAUACUGGAGUGAAACCCUUCAAAUGUAAUCAAUGUGGGAAAGGUUUUAUGAGUAAUAGCUACCUAAUUCAGCAUCAAAGAAUCCAUGCUGGAGGGAAGCCCUAUAAAUGUUAUGAAUGUGGGAAAGCCUUCAGCAGUAAUAGCUAUCUAAUACAGCAUCAGAGAAUUCAUACAGGUGAGAAACUGUAUAAAUGUAAUGAGUGUGGGAAAACUUUCAUCAGUAAUAAACAAUUAUCUCAACACAAAAGGAUCCAUACUGGAGAGAAGCCGUAUAGCUGUAAUGAAUGUGGAAAAACCUUCAGGCAGAUGGGACAUGUUGAAACACAUAAAAAGAUUCAUACAGGUGAGAAGCCUUUUGAAUGUAAUGAAUGUGGGAAAGCCUUCAUCAGUAAUCAACAGCUAUCUCGACAUCAAAGAAUUCACAUUGGGGGGAAACCCUAUAAGUGUAAUGAAUGUGGAAAAGCAUUCAGUAGUAAUAGCUACUUAACUCUACAUCAAAGAAUCCAUCCUGGAGGGAAGCCUUAUAAAUGUGAUGAAUGUGGCAAAGUUUUCAUUAGUAAUAAUAACCUAAUUCAGCAUCAAAAAAUCCAUCCUGGAGAGAAUCCUUAUAAAUGUAAUGAAUGUGAGAAAUUCUUUAGCAGUAAUAGCUACCUAAUUCAACAUAAAAGAAUUCAUACUGGAGAGAAACCCUAUAAAUGUAAUGAAUGUGGAAAAGCUUUCAUCUGUAAUAGCUACCUAAUUCAACAUCAAAGAAUCCAUACUGGAGGGAAGGCCUAUACAUGUAAUGAAUGUGGAAAAGCCUUUAGCAGUCAUCAAAAGCUUACUCUUCAUCAAAGAAUCCAUACUGGGGAGAAACCUUAUAAAUGUAAUACAUGUGGCAAAGCCUUCAACAGUAAUAGCUAUCUCAUUGAACAUCAAAGAAUCCAUACUGGAGAGAAACCCUAUAAAUGUAAGGAAUGUGGGAAAGCUUUCAGACAAAGUUCAUCACUUAUGCAACAUCAGAAAAUUCAUACUGGAGAGAAACCUUAUAAUUGUAAUGAAUGUGGGAAGGCCUUCAGGCAAAGUUCAUCACUUAUGCAACAUCAGGUAAUUCAUACUGGGGAGAAACCUUACAAAUGUAAUGAGUGUGGGAAAGCAUUCAAUAAUAAUCAAAAUUUAUCACGACACCAAAGAACUCAUACUGGAGAGAAGCCCUAUAAGUGUAAUAAAUGUGGGAAAGCCUUUAGUAGUAAUAGCUAUCUAACUCAGCAUCAAAGAAUCCAUACUGGGGAAAAGCCCUAUAAAUGUAAUGCAUGUUGGAAAGCCUUUAGCAGUAAUCAAAAGCUCUCAAGACAUCAAAGAGUUCACACGGGAGAAAAACCCUAUAAAUGUAACGAAUGUGGGAAAGCUUUCUGUUCCAAUUCUAGAUUUGAAACACAUAAGACAAUUCAUUCUGGAGAGAGACCUGUUUAAAUAUAAUGAAUGCAGGAGAGGGUUUAGGGUUAAUACUCAAUGCAGUAUGAAUUGAAGCCAUAUUGGGAAGAAAUCUUAAGAAAUAAAAUGAAUGUGUGAAAGCUUUCUGCACACAUAAGACAACUCAAGGCUCAUGAGAAACAUUUUAAGUGUAAUGAGUGUAGAAAACUUGAUUGAAAUCUUAAAAGAAUGUGGCAAUGCUCCCAAAGGUGCAUGAAUUUACUGAAUAAUGUAAGUUUUCAUAUAUGCCAUUGUUAUACAUUAGGGUUUUCAUACUGAAAAUACAUUCUGGAUAAUGAAUGUGUGCAAAAUGUCAAGUGAAAAUAUACUUCAUACUGUUAAAUAUAAUGAAUGUUAGAAAGCAUUCAGGCUGGAUCAGACCUUUGUACAUAUAUUGUAGAAAAUUUUUAAAAAAUGUUUUUUUCUGGAGAGCUUCAAUUAAAGACCUUAGAAUCUGAUAAUACUGCUAAGAUUCUUUAUGAAUAAAAUUCUCAGUUCCCGAGAGAAUUAAUACUAAAGAUUAACUGUGCAUUUAAUAUAAUGGAAUGAUGACUUGAAAAAAUUACAUAAUAUUAUAAAAUUUCAGAGAAUAUCUAGUUUAAAUUUUGUUCGAAAAAGGUUGCCCCAUAUAUUAUACAAAUCUUUACUCAGUCUCUGUUCUUUAAUAAGGAGGAACCUUCUGAGUUCCUGAAGGAAUCUGCUCCAUAGCUUUUGCUUCUUGACUGAAAUUGAAAGGUAAACACACUGGUUGGGGCCUGUGAGCUAUAGUUUGAGGAGUUCAAGAUUUCUAUAGAGUACCUAGAACUUGGAGUUAUUGACCCCACGUACAGGUUCACCUAAAGGUGCAUUCUUUCCCAGCUCCAAAUCUUGAUGCUAUGAUAAAGGAAUGAGGGAUGCACAUCUACUGCAAUGAUUUGUGUUUUGUUCUCAACCUGGCCCCAUUCUAUUUUUCCUAUUGCAUUCUAUGGCUCACCUAACUUGACCUACUUAUUGUUUGUUAGACACAAUUUUUCAUCUUCUCUCUUUGCUUUUGCACUGACCACUCUCAUACCUGGAACAUUUUCCCUCUUGGCUUCCUAAGCUCCUUUUAAUCUUGGGUUCAAAUGCUUCCUUCUGAGGAAUUCAACUUCUGGUGCCUUUCUCCCCAAAUUACCUUUUGUUAACUAUAUCUUGUGGCCACCUUUAUAGAUACCUAUAUUCUUUAUUAAAAUGUAAACUCUUUGGAGGCAGAAAUUGUUUUUUUAAUUUUCUUUGUAUCUUUGGAACUCAGUACAGUGCUUAGUAUAUAGCAAGAGCUUAAUAAAUAUUUACUGAUUCAUUCAUUGAUUAUUGAUCCAAUGGAGAAAGGUCUUUGCCUAGUGGGAAGAUCAGGGAAGAAAUGCACAGAGGACUUUGCAUUUGUACUGAGCUAGAAAGAAUAGCAGAAGUUUGAAGGGAACAAAAAUUAAGUACCUGUUAUGGGAUUACUUACAUAUACACACAUAUAAAAUCUAAUUUAUCACCAUAUUAACACUAAAUUAAAUGAUAUCCUUACUUUACAGGUGAGGAAACUGAGGUAGACAGAGAUGAAAUGACUUACUCAGCCACACAGCUGGUUAGGAUGUGAGGCAGAUCUUCCCUUCAGGACCAGGAAACUACAUUAUCUGUUUGCCUCUAGUAAGAUAGGCAGGAUAGUCAGGUAGAAAUGGCAAUGGAAAGGGCAUUAUAAACUUAUGAAGCAAUUUGAACAAAGUCAUAGGGGCAGGACAACACAAAUGUUUUAACACGGAUUAUAAUCAAAUUUGGCUAGAGCAUAGCACAUGUGUAGAGAUAAUAUGUACAUGGGGAGUGUACUGUGUACUACUAGGGGAGCUAUGAAUUGGUUCAGUCAUUUUGGAAAGUUGUUUUGAUUUUUGCUUAAAAUGUUACUAAAAUGUGAAGGUCUUUAAUUUCUGUUGUAUCAUUUCUAGGCUUAUCCCUCAAAAAAAAUUAAGAUAAAGGAAAAGUUCUGCGUGUGUGAAAAAUAUUUCUAGCAGCUCUUUUCAGGAUAACCAAAAUGUUGAGACUAAGGGAAUGAUCUACUAGGGAAUGGCUAAGUAAACUGAUGUGUGAAUGUAAUGGAAUAAUUGUAUCAUAAGAAAUGAGGAAAUGGAGGGUUUCAGGGAAACCUGGGAAGAGUUUUAUGAACUGAAACAGAAUAAAAUGGGCAGAACCAGAUCAGUUUACACAAUAACAUUACAGAGAAAAACAACUCUGAGAAAGUUAAGAACCAAGAGUCCAAAAGAAUAUGGAUAAAAUGUGAUUUCCUUUUUGACAGAGAGGUGAUGAAUUUAAAAGGUAGAAAAAUACAUAUAUUUUAUUUCCUUGGCCAAUGUGGGAAUUUUUUUUCCCCCUAGACUGUGUGCAUCUAUGUAUUGAGGGCUUUAAAAAUUAUUUUUAUUUGUUUAGUGAAAAGAGGAGAACUGGAGGGACAAUUAAAUUUUUAAAGAAAAAAAAAAACAAAAGCAUAAAUGCUAUGAUCCACCACAUUUAUUUCAUUUUUAAAAUAAUUUUUUUCAAUUAACAAAUAUCUAUCUUUGUCUCCCACCUCUCCACAAUCUACUGGAGAAAACAAACCUGCAACAAAUAUGUGGUCAAGGAACACAAAUUCUCAACAUUGACCAAAUCCAAAAACAUAUGUUUAAAUAAUCAGUUCACCACUUCUCUGUGAAAAAGUGGAUAACAUUCUAAAUCAUUUGGUUUCUGAUGUCAUGUUUGCUCAUUUAGUUGUUCUUAAAGCCUUUUACAUCAUUUAUUUUUAUAAUUUGCUAUAACAUGUAUUAUUCUCCUGAUCCUGCUGAAAUCACAUUUAUUUCAAUAUAAUUUAUUGCUUUGCAGUGUUGUUGCUCUAACUUAAAACUCAAGCAUUGAAACACAUGGCUAAAGAGAAAUGGCAAAGAUACCUUGCAUUAUUUUGCUACUAACUUUUUCCCCAAAAUAAUGCCCUAUUGAGUUAGGAUUGAUAUUGCUAGUAUUGUUGUGAACAAAUAGGGAGUGUUUAUUGAAAAUUAUUAAGUGCAUAGGAUUUAAAGUAGGCUUCAUUUUUAUUUUUAAGCUGCUGUUUUAUUAAAUCUAUUAAACCUAGAAUUUAAGCAGAGGACUGCACUUGGUAAUUCUUCACAUAGACAAUUAGUAAUUCUGUCUUAUUAGGAUUAGUAUUCUCUGCUGAAAUGUGAUGUACUCUACAUACUUGGCCAAGUUUCUGCAUAACUGACACAUGUCAAAUGAAAUUUUUGAGGAGUGGUUUCUAGACAAUACUUUCAGUAAUCUUAUAUUGUGGGAAGACUUUCCAUUUAUAAGAGACAUCAGUUUUUGCAUGUGGUGCUGAAAAGUGUAAGGGUCCCCAGAAAUGAGUGGCUUAUAAUUGAGAUUUUAGGUUAUUUCCAGGUGUAUAUCUAGGCAUCUAUGAAAUUUCACCUGAGAAUUGCCCAAUACAUGGAAGGGCUAAGUGUUUUAUCUUUGUAAAGUUACCAUGUGCCAGAGGCAGGAUUGAAAGACAAAGGCUAAAUCUACAUCCUUUAUGUUAUGAUUGUUGAUAACAAAAGAAGGUCCUAUGUUUGUAGCUUUCUAUUUGAUAAUAGGAAGGAAGGGUAAAUGGUUUAAAUAGCUUGGGCUCUAUAUUGCUUCCAUUAUGUGACUUGUUCUGUUACCUGUUUGGGUAGUCAUCCUAUAAUAAAAUUGUUUCAUGGGGACUGUAGUGAGAGGGAGAGACAGUAAAUUAUUUUAAAAAUAAAUAAACAUUUUAAAAAUAAUAUUUUGGUAUUUCUUUGUUUCUUUGUUUUGUACAGUCGUUUAUGGGCUCUUGUGACUACAUUGCAUAUUUUGUAUUUUCUAGAGGUCUGUCCCAGUCCCUCCCACUGCUAGUGCCUUCCCACUAAGAUUACCUUUCAUCCACAAGGUAUAAAUCUUGUAUUUAUAUUGUCAUUUGCAUGUUCUUUUCCCCAUUAGAUGAAGAGUUCCUUAAAAGCAAAUGAUGUGUCUUUGCCUUUCUUUGUAUUCCCAGUGCUUAGUGCUGUGCUUGUUACAGAAUGAAUAUCUCUUAAAUGUUUGUUGCUGACUGAAAUAAAAGCUGUUUUGUACCAAUAUCAUUUGUUAUCAUGAGUGUUUUCAUGUGACCUGGGAACCCUUUUACCUACAUUUAUGGAAACCUAGACACAAGACCCAUAUCCAGAGAUUUCAGAGAGUAAACUCUGGAUGGGAAUAACAUAUAUUUUUAGUGUUAUCACUAAGAUCAUACCAAGUUUGGGAAAAUUAUGAACAAUUCUUUGAUUUAGAAUCAUUUUCCAUGAAGUCUUUUUUUGGUCCACAUAGGCUGCUAUUACUGACUUUGGUGGGGUGACCCUGUGUAAGGAAUCCUAGUAAGGAAUCUUUUGUGUAACUUUUUGAUGAGAAUGUGAGAAUGUGAUUGAAGUUAUCUGACAGAAUGCCAGGAAGCACAGGAAGGGAAGGCCAUUGAUUAAUAAGUUUUCUUUACUGUGACCUAUGAAUGCUUUGGAAACCUGGCCAGUUCUCUGAGUAAAUGCAUCCUAAAGGAAUGAACAAAUAUUUUCCUUGGUGGAUCCCUCCAGAUGGAGCACUUGAAGCUGCUUCAAUCUCGAGUCAUGUAUCAAAUGAGAAUA